AUGAGUUCCCUGACCUCUGACCCUAACCAGACAGACGUCAACACCAUCAUCCGACCCCCUUACUUCUACAUCAGUGGUUUCAUAGCCAUCCCCGACAUGAACUACUACUACAUCUUCCUCUGUUUUGUUUACAUCAUCUCUCUGGUGGGCAACACCUUCGUCAUGACUGGCAUCUACGUGGACCGCAGUCUCCACAGCCCCAAGUACAUCGCUGUGUUCAACCUGGCCUUCACAGACAUGUGUGAAAGCACGGCCCUGGUUCCCAAGCUGCUGGAUAUGUUUCUGUUCAGCAGACAGCUCAUCUCCUACGACCAGUGUCUCACUAGCCUCUUCUUCGUCUUCCUCUUCAUCACCAUGCAGUCCUUCAACCUCACCAUCCUGUCCUAUGACAGACUGGUGGCCAUCUGCUACCCGCUCAGGUACCACAUGAUGAUCACUCACAGGUCCAUGCUCCAGCUGACGGGGGCCGCCUGGGCGUUUGCUGUGUUGAUGGUGUUGAUCUCUGUGUGUCUCAUCACCCGGCUCUCUUUCUGUAGGUCUCUGGUGAUCAACAGCUACUUUUGUGACCAUGGUCCCCUGUUCCGUCUGGCGGCCCCCUGUUCUAACGUGGUCCCUAACAUAGCGAUGAGCGAAAUCAACCCCUGUAUAGUUCUCUAUCUCCCCAUGGUCUUCAUCAUAUCAUCAUACAUCUGUAUAACACACGCCCUGUUCACCGUCACACUGCCCCAGGACAGACUCAGAGCCAUUAAGACAUGUACCUCACACCUAUUACUGGUGGCCAUAUUCUACCUGCCCAUUAUUUUCACGUACUCUCUCAACACCAUCAUACCAACCAACGCCCGGAUCAUCAACCUCUCCCUGACCUCGAUACUGCCACCAAUGCUCAAUCCCAUCAUAUACGUUCUGAAGACGGAGGAGUUUAAGGUAUCAGCCAAGAAGAUGCUCAGAAGAGCUGUGACGCAGGUCAAACCAACAAGAAGUUCUUGA